UAGUGACCAACACUUUGUUGAAAAGAUAUUCUACAAGACCGGUCGGAAUUGCAGGAGCGCUCUUAUUCGCAAUACAAAACAUUAUGCGGGCGUUUGUCAGAAACAUAUUUGACAUGGCAUUUCUUUUUUUAAUACAAGGUUUUGGAAUGGGUCUAAUCAUAACAGUCUGCUAUACGGUUUUCAAUGCGUACUUCGUGAAAAAGAGAACGAAAGUGAUGAGCGUAGCGCAAGUCUUCAUCGCGUUGGGUGGAAUUAUUUAUCCAAAAUUAAUCGGAAAGUUAAAGAUAGUGUAUGAUUUUCGCGGUACCGCAGCGAUUAUCGGCGCAAUAAGUCUUAAUGGUAUCAUCGGCAUGGCACUGAUGCAUCCCGUGGAACGGCACCUCAAGAACAUUGAUGUUGUUCGUGCUGAAAAGGCGCGUGAAAAGGAAGAAAAGUGUCAAGAACUGGCACUAUCGAGUCAACGUCAUUCGACCAUCUCGGGAAUCGAGAGUGAAAUUAACGAAAGGUCGGAAUCAGUAUCUAUGCGGGAAAAUUUAACGAGGCGGAUGUCGACUUUAUCCGCAUCCAGCGUAGCCAAUUUGGCGACUAGCGUCGGUGCAUUGAGUGAUAUACGUCAACAAUAUCUGAAAGAGCAAAUCUUGGAGGACCAGACAAAUAAAGAAACUCUGAAGGAGAGAGAGAAUGAGAAGGAAACGCCGAGGAAAAACAAGAGGAGUCAAAAUUAG